GCCCCUCGGAAGCACGUGAAUAAAAACAUCGCACACAAAACAACACAGGAUGAAACGCAAAUAAAUAAAUCAAAAGGAUGUUUGCAAUCAAUCCGUGAAAAAUAGGAAAAGUUCUGAAAAUUUUCGAUCUGUUAGUGUCCGGAAGUGCAUUGUGAUAAAGUGACCACAAAUCCGUUCCGAAAAAUGGGAAGAAAAUCCCCGUCUCGCCGUCGUUCUUUCUACCGCGAACGUCGAAAUACCGUCAAUCACUACCAAUCGGAGGAAAUCGCACGGGAAGUCGCGGACCAGUUCAACAAAAAGUUCCGCUUUCUCCGGAUCGGUGACGACGGUGAUCAGGAUCCGGUGCUUCCGCCGCUGGAGAGUGUAUUUGCCUCCCGCACAGCUUACCAGGUGGAAUCGCUCCAGAAGGUAAAAACCGCCCUGAAUAAGGUGAAGAGCCGGUUGAAUGAUUUUGAGAUAAGCGACUGGCAUCAGCAUACCCGGCGCCGAUCUUCCCUGCAGCCGAUUCUCAGCGAAUUGCGGAACCGGAUCCGGGCGGAAUUUGUGACGCAGGCCUUUGCCAAAUUGUACGAGUGCGUGGCAACUUAUGAGCUGGUUCCUCCGUUCAGCGUCGGGAAGCACCGGGAGUUCUAUAGUGUCCAUUUGUGUGAAGCGCCUGGGGCAUUUAUAACCGGAUUGAAUCACUAUCUGAAGCUGAAUCGGGGAGAUGAGGUGAAGUGGCGUUGGUUUGCCAACACGUUGAAUCCGUACUACGAGGGAAAUUGUCUGGGGAACAUGAUUGCGGACGAUCGAUUUAUAUUGCACACAAUGGACUCGUGGUGUUUUGGAGCGGAUUACACCGGAGAUAUCAUGCGGAAGGAGAAUCUGGGCGAGAUCGUGCGGCGGAGUAAGGACUUUCCCAUGAUAAAUCUAGUCACGGCAGAUGGAUCCAUUGACUGUUUGGAUGUCCCGGAAGCACAGGAAGAGCACGUGUCCAAACUGCACCUAGCAGAAGCGGUGACGGCACUGAAAAUCCUCACCACCGACGGAUGUUUCAUACUGAAAAUGUUCACCUUCUUCGAGCACUCCAGCGUUGAUCUGUUGUAUCUUUUGUACGUGUGCUUCCGCGAGUUGCACGUUUUCAAACCGGCUACCUCGAAACCUGGCAAUUCGGAAGUCUACGUAAUCGCAAAGUACUUCCGGAAGCCGGAUGGUCUGGACGCCUAUCUGGAUCGAAUGUUCGAUAAUCUUCAUUCCGAGUGUUCGAUGUUCGAUCUGAAAGACAUUCCGUCGGCUUUCGUUGAGCAAGUGAAGAGUUGCGCAGAGCUGUUCAUGAUGCACCAGCAGGAAGUCAUCGAGCACAACAUCUAUUACUAUCAUAAAAACGAUACAAAUGAAGAGGAACGUCUGGAUAUCUUUCGGAAGAAAAUGUGCCGCAAGUUUUUCGACAAAUAUAACAUCAAACCAAUUCCACGGUCCGAAGCAAUUCUGCACGGGGUGGAUGUCUCCAGUGGUGUAGUCAAUAUCAAUCCACGGGACAACCACGGCACGUAUAACGAGCGUAGUCUAUUAAGCCUGACCAAUGGAGACGAAAGACUUACUAUUCUUAGGAACAAGCUAGACGCAAUGUACGACAAUAAGCCACGAUUCAUGCCACGAGCAAAACUCUCGGAUCGAUCGUUGCCAAGCAGCCGCUCCAGCUUGGAAAUCAUCCAGUUGAGCUGUGGCAAGUCGGUUCGCAAGAUCUUGAGUAGCAAAUUUGUCGUAUUUUCCUAUAUCCGUUUCCUGAGCGAAGUGAUCGAUACAGUUACCAGUAUAAUUCCGCCAGGGGAAGACACCCCGCCGCUACUGACCCUUGAUCGAUCCUCGUACACACUUUCAAUCGAUAUCAACGUCUACGCUACAAUGCCCAGUUACGACCUGUUCGAGAAGCAGCUGUUCCUUCGCCUCCUGGAAUGCAUCACAGACCUUCCGCUGCAGGAAGGCACCGACCAUUUGGUGGUGGAAAAUUGGCUUCUUCUAACGCAGUUCUGCGUGGGACUGGUGUUCUUCCUGAAGACGUAUGUUUUCGAACACAUCGAAACGGUGCAGGGCGGCAAGUUGCGUUUCUCUCGCCUGAAACCGGAUGGAAUCGACAGUUUGCGCUACCUGAACGAGACCAUCCAGAUGGAGAAGAACGGGUGUACCGAGGGCAAAUCGGUGCUCGGGAUCGUUCCCGCGUAUGUGCUUUUCGAUGGAAGCUUCUACUAUGCUGUGAUCAACUACAACACCGAUCUGUGCUUACAUUAUUGUUCGGUACUGCUCGAAGAUAAGUGAGAAGUAGGUGCAUAUAUCGAUCUGGAACAUUUCUCGGAAAAGUGCAAUUUUCCAGCAGAAUGGAAAUGUGGAACGCUUUUCCGGCCGGUGCAUUUGAAUACAUCACAAAUAUUUAACUUUUUUUUGUAUUUUAACACGAAUCAGGAGAUAUUUACGAAACGAAUUCGCAAAAUGAGUUACCUCUUACAAAAGUGAAUAAAUUACACAUUUGAAUUGAAAA